UGAAUAGUAGAUUUGGAUUGCCUGAGAGCUCCAGGGUGGAGUUGCUCUUAGCUUUCCUUCUUGCGUUUAGGGAAAAGGAUUCCUCUCUACUCUCCUCUCUCCUCUCUCUCUCACCUGACUUCGAUUCCCUUCACCGCCGGAAGCAGCGGACCGAGACGCUACUAAUGGCGGAGGAGCGCCGUCACCGGGGUUGAGGACAUCCAAAAGAAAGUUUGAGUAGCUAAUAAAGUGCCAUAACGACAGGGUUUCCAUUCGGGUUAGAUGGAUUUAGAGACGGAGAACAGAAUAGCUGCAAUUCUUAUGAGAGAAGCCGCUGAAUUGCGGCGUCAAGCUGACAAGGAAGGUGUGCAUGCUUAUCUUCAACAGCCUAAAACAAGGUUCCGACCAAAUUCACGGUUCCUCAGUGCUACUGUUCGUGGUGUGCAACAAGCAAAUCGAGCUGUUGAAGUGAAUGAAAUGUGGCGACUCCGGCAGAAAGAGAAGGAAUUGGACAAUAGGCUGAAAGGGAACAAGGAUGAGAGCAGGUGUCGCGGAGAUAGCGACUCUCCAACACCCAGUGGUAAGGGACAUGCCGUCGCAGAUGACAGUGCCGGUCCUUCUUGCUCGUCAAGGAAAAGAGAAUACGAGAGCUGCCAUUCAAGGCAAGAGAAUGGUUUAGGAGAAGAAGAACUCGAAGAAUUUUUACAUUCAAGAGUCAAGCGUGGCAGAGGUGCUGUUGGGUCAAGGACGGAUGAAACGGGUCCUUAUCUUCCCCGUUCUUCGGACUCCAAUGAAGAGCUGCUGCAGAGGCCCAGUGUACAAGAACACCGUGCGUAUGGACCAGAGAGGCCUUCACAUAACUUAUGUUAUCCUUCCGAAGAGGAGAAUGACGAUGAGAGGAAGAAAUCAAAAAAGGUGAAGUCUGGUAGCCCGAACAAGCACAAAUGCAAGGAAAAAUCUAAAGAGAAGAAGAGGAAGGACGAAAAAAGAAAUAAAUACCAUACUUAGAGGCGCUUUAUCUGAGAAGAAUUCUCUAGCUUGUACGGAAUUGGUGCAUAUUUUUCUCGAAUCCCUGUAAACCCUACAAAGCGAUGCGCCUGUGUUGCCUACCAGAGCAUCUGAAAAGCCUGGUCACUCAAAAGACGACCAUCAUAAACUCAAAAUAUUCAGAACUUUGCCUGGAGAAAGUUGACGUUCGUCUAAUAACUUCUCAA